AGGAGGCAGGAGAGUCCAGUGUGCGAGCGACGAGAACGCAAUCAGAUGGUGGCGAAGAUCGUGGAUUGACAGGUCGCGGGUUGCACGAGAGAGCGCGAGAGAGAGAGAGAGAGCGAGGGAGCGCGCGCGCGCGAGAGGGAGAAGGAACAGGCGUUUUAACGGCGGUUGGCGUUUAGGCUCUCUCUCUGGCAGGACGGGGACGGUUUUUUUCCGUGUGUACGCGUCCGUGGCACGAAAGAAAAGCUACGGAGAAAGAGAGAAAGAGAGGAGAGAAAGCGAGCCGCGAGUGAGAGAAACACGGCGGUUGACGUGCGCGACGGUCUCGUCAUCGACGACGAAAUGAUCCUCUAGCCUCCCCGUGGCUUCCUUGGCCUGGCCUGGUCCGCGCGAGAAGGGAGGCCGACGAGCGGACUCUCGGAAGCAGGAGGUCACCCCCUUGGAGGAGAAGGAGGAGGCGGACCAUCCCUUUCGUCUGUGCGCUGAAUAUAACGCUCGUUUUACAUUAUCGUCGGGGACAGAGAAGUGCGUGUCGCCGCAGAGUGCCCGGAGUACGGCCGCGCGAGGAGUUCGCGAUCGUUCCCUCACGCGCCGAGAAGGGUAAUCGACGGGGGCGCUUAUCCAGAGGGCCCUCCCGGGGCACGACGGAGUGCCUGUCGGGCUCAGCUGAUCCACGCGCAGCGGACGGCGGAGGAGUAGGAGGAGGGCGGUGGAGGAGGUAGUGGUGGAGGACGCUACCAGGAGCGCCGCGGGGCGAGGAAGGGCCCCAGCCGAACUCAGCACCGUCGACGAUCGAGCAGCGCCGAUAAAUAUGUCGUCCCCCAGCGCCGGCAAGCGACGCAUGGACACGGACGUUAUCAAACUAAUAGAAAGCAAACACGAGGUGACGAUUCUAGGAGGACUAAAUGAAUUCUCCGUUAAGUUCUACGGACCACGAGGGACGCCCUACGAGGGUGGAAUAUGGAAAGUGAGGGUUCAUCUGCCGGAGCACUACCCUUUCAAAUCACCUUCGAUCGGUUUCAUGAACAAGGUCUACCAUCCUAACAUUGACGAAGUCUCGGGCACGGUCUGUCUAGACGUUAUAAACCAGGCUUGGACUGCCCUUUACGACUUGUCAAAUAUUUUCGAGUCUUUCCUGCCUCAGUUGUUAACAUAUCCCAAUCCAAUCGAUCCCCUGAACGGCGAUGCUGCCGCGAUGUAUCUUCACAAACCCGAAGAGUACAAGAAGAAAGUGGCGGAUUACGUCAGGAAGUACGCGACGGAAGAGGCGCUGAGGGACCAGGAGAACGGCGGCACCGGCAACGGGAUGUCCUCCGACAGCGAGUCGUCGAUGAGCGACUUCAGCGAGGACGAGGCGCAGGACAUGGAGUUGUAACCAAAUAUAUUACCAUCCGCGCGUACCCAUAUCCUUAAUCAUCUCGAUUCCCUGUAAGAUCCCCGAUCGCUCGUCCUACUACCAAAUAGAUGCUUACACCCGAGACUCCGAGCCUCACUUCUGGUGACGGCGACGAGAUCCCCCUUUACGUCUCGUCGCUGCUCUCGUCGCCCGUCGCUCGUACAUAUAUAUAGAGGGGGUGGUGAUCGACCAUCCCCGGCACGACGAGAGUGAAAGUGACGGAGACGAACGAGGUAAAAACGGAGAAUCGCGCUCUUCUCACCGAGCGUAUCCCGAGGGGCGUUUUCUAUCACGACGGCGAUGUCUCUCACGGUCGUCCAAGCUCUUACUUGAAUUAAUUCGUUAAUUAUUCGCUGCGUUUAAUUGCCACAAUCACGACGACGAUGAUGACGAUGAGUGUAACGUACUCGUCAACAAACGACGAAAUUCGGAAUCUCUGUAAACGUCUCGAGAGUCGAUGCUUUCACUUUUCAGCGCGAAGAAGAAAAAAAGGAAGGGUAUAAGACAGUGAGACAAAGAGAGAGGCUCUCAUCGUUGGUAUUUAAGGAUUAUCCGUCGAUCGAUGUAAUGUCGAUUUUCGAAAUUACGUCCUCCGACUAUUCCAGCAUCAAUCGGACGAUGCUUCUACUGUGUAUAUCUACGAUGCGUUUCUUUGUAAUUGAACAGCAAAACAAUAACGUACCUGCGACGGAGAGAGCUACACCCGAUACAUUCGCCCGACCACGUUUUCCUCGGUUUUUUUUUUUUUUGAGAUUCUCUCGCCCUUGUUCGUUCUUUCUUCCGAGCGCCCGCGGGCGCGUUCGUUAUUGUGAUAUUCAAAAACACGUGAUCGAGAUCGAAGCAGCACGGAGAGACGCGGCACGAGAAAUUUUAACGACAAACUAUUCAACCUGGCACAUAUAGCGAUUGCAUCGUCUCUACCAACUAACGACUCCUUUGCUGCUAUCUUAUUGUUAGACUGUGUUAGCAUCUAUUUAGCAUCUAAUUAUUUUUACAUUCAAAAAUCGCCAUGAAUCGUUAUUCAUUCUUCUCAUAAUUUGAAUUUGUGAAGAGUACGCUAAAUAUUGCCUAGUUUAAAGGAGAGAAGUAAAAACGUAUUUGUCUUCACGAUAAAUUUUUUUUCUCGCAGUCGAUCGAUCGUAAAAUCGGUGCGCAUAUCACGCGUCAGUUUCAGGUUUCUUUAGUUUAAACAACAGUGAGACACGCAAAAAUGUGAU